AUGACCACUUCCUACGACUGCCUCAUCGUCGGCGGCGGCCCGGCAGGCUUAGCAACAGCCCUCGGCCUUUGUCGCGCCCUUCGCACAGCGGUGGUCUUUGACUCGCUGACCUACCGCAACUCGCUCGCUGAGCACAUGCAUAACUUCCCAACCUGGGACCAUGCCAAUCCAGCCGACUACCGCGCCGCUGCGCGUCGGGAAUUGACCGAGGGACGAUACGGGACGGUCACGCUGUCGGAUGCUGCGCUCCGCAGAGUCUGGAAGCUUGACUCGGGCGAGUUUGAGGCGACAGAUGUCACGGGGAAGGUCUGGAGAGGCCGCAAGCUUGUUUUGGCAACGGGUGUAAGGGAUGAGAUUCCGUCUGUGCCGGGGUAUGCGGCUUGUUGGCCGAAGUCAAUAUACCAUUGUCUUUUCUGUCACGGAUUUGAAGAGCGUGGAGCAGGCUCGGUCGGGGUGUUGGCCAUUGGACCGACUGCCAUCCCCCGAGUUGCUGAGCAUCUGACCCGACUGGCACACAACCUUGCCGGGACGGUCACCAUCUACACCAACGGCAACGAGGCACUGGCAGACACCAUCCGUCAAGAAGUCAAGCGCGAUGACUGGAUAACAGUCGACUCGCAUGUUAUCCGGCAGCUGAAAGAGACGGAUGGGGUCCCUGUGAUUGUAGAGUUGGAGGAUGGCACUACAAAGAAGGAAGCUUUUCUGGUGCAUGCAAUGAAGACGGUGCCGUUGCUUGGUUUCGAGAACAAUCUCGACCUGGAAUUGUCAACCCAGGGAUCGGAAUUCAAGACCAGUGCUCCGUUUGGGGAGACCAGCACCCGGGGCUGUUUUGCAACAGGUGACUGCGGCAUGGCAAUGAAGGCGGCCAGUUUGUCGAUGAGCCAUGGGUCGUUGGCUGCGGUUGGUGUUGUUUCUCAGCUUGUGUUUGAUGAGAAAGCAUGA